AUGUCUGCGUCUACCUCAAGUCAUAUCGAGCCUGAAAGCUCAUAUGAUAAAUCUACUGUCCCCACUGUCAACGUACAGCCUUUUGAGCAGGAAGACGAUCUAGGUCAUGUACCCACUUCGCGAAGAAGUAAAUUCAAAGCUGUAUUGAAAUCUCUCGUCACCAAAGAUGGUUGGCUGGGUGAUUAUGACUACGGAGCACUUAUGAUCCCCAACAUCCCAUUCGUCACCAAAAAGAAACGAGAAUUACCAUUCUACGCUGUUGAUCAGAAAUUACCACAUCUCUUAUUGUUCAUCUUGGGUUUACAACAUGCCCUCGCAAUGGUCGGUGGUUUAGUAACUCCACCUCUUCUUCUCGCUGGACCAGCAGGUGCCAAUCUCGGUACGGAGGCUCAACUCUACCUCGUCUCAGCGUGUUUGAUCUGGUGUGCGUUCGGUACCGCCAUCCAAAUUUCGAGAUUCAGGAUCCCCAAGACUGGCUACUUCUUCGGUACUGGUCUGAUCAGUGUCACGGGAACUUCAUUCGCUUUCACCAAUGUAGCUUUGAGUUAUCUUAGUCAAUCUUACUCCAAUGGAACUUGCCCUUUGGCUGAAGAUGGUGAAACCAAAUUACCAUGUCCAAAGGAGUUCGGUGCAAUCCUUGGAACCGCCACUAUGACCGGUAUAUUCGCCAUCGCCUUAUCGUUCGUACCUCCUCGAGCUAUUCGAAAGAUGUUCCCUCCCUUGGUCACAGGAACGAUGUUAACUUUUAUUGGCGCUGCCUUGGUCAAAUCGGGAGUUACCAACUGGGCUGGUGGUUCUGGGACUUGCGCCACAGAUCAUACUGUACUCUGUACAGCUGGUACCCGACACGAAUACUGGGGAUCAGGUGCAUUCCUCGGUUUGGGUUUCUCAUGUUUCAUCACUAUUGUCAUUUGCGAGAUCUUCGGUUCAGCAUUUAUGAAAUCAGCUUCUGUCUUCCUGGGUUUGAUCGUCGGUAUGGUCAUUGCCGCUGCUACAGGUUUCUUCACCAAAUCUACCAUCACCAAUGCUCCUUCUGGAACAUUCCUGUGGAUGCAAACAUGGUCUUUGUCGAUAAGAGGAGUAUUGGUCUUACCCAUGUUGGCUGCUUGGGCAGUGAUCGUCGCUGAGACUAUCGGAAAUGUCACUGCCUCGUCCGAUGUGUCAAGAUUGGAAAUCACUGGGGAAACUUUCAUGUCGAGAGUACAAGGUGGUAUGCUUGCUGACUCAGUCAUGGCUACCAUCGCUGGUCUGGCAACAGUCCCACCUCUCACCACCUUCUCCCAAAACUCCGGUGUCAUCGCCCUUACCCGAAACGCCUCUCGAUCUUCUGGAUACAUGUGUGCCGUGAUCUUGUUUUUGAUGGGUGUUAUAGGAAAGUUUGGGGCGAUCUUCGUCGCAGCCCCAUCAGCCGUUAUUGGAGGAUUCACCACUUUCUUAUUUGGUGCGGUUGCCACAUCCGGUUUGAGGGUAUUGGCAUAUGCCAAAUGGACAAGAAGAGAUAGAUUCAUCGCUACCGUCGGUGUGGCUUUGGGUCUAGCAAGUUUGACAGUACCUACUUGGUUCUCUUACAUCUUCACUUAUACCGGUAACAGUGCUGGUAAAAAAGGAUUGAUCCAAGCUGUUGUCUUAGUGGUCGAAGAACCCUACCUUAUCUCAGCAUUGGUUAUGUGCGCUCUGAACGUCACGUUGCCUGAUGAAGAGGCUGAAGCUGGAUCGGUAUCGACAGUAGAAGAGAAAAAAGAAUGGAACGAGCCAGGAAGUUUGGCUGGUGGACCUUCCUCAAGUACGCGACCGAUGACUCCUGAAUUGGCUUAG